ACCUAGGUAAAUUUCCUGAGUCAUGUUGAUGUUUAUUUCAGUCCAAUUUACCGCCUAGUGAGUUGAGUUAGCUAUCGUUCAUGAUGGAGCAAACUGUUUCAAAUGUGGAAGUCUGUAAUUUAGCCUUCACUGGUGAAUUUGACAAAUUAAAGAAAUGUAUUUUAACCGAUAAAUCGCUCGCUUGCAAAACGGACCAGGACCAAAGGACCGCUCUCCACUGGGCCUGCUCGGCUGGACACGUCAAGAUCGUUGAGUUUCUGUUGGAUUUGGGGGUGGAAGUCAACCUACAAGAUGAUGCCGGUUGGACUCCCCUCCACAUCGCAGCAUCUGCAGGCAGGGAGGAGAUAGUGAAGUCACUAAUUAACAAAGGAGCCCAGCUGAACUCAGUCAACCAGAAUGGCUGCACCCCUCUGCACUAUGCUGCCUCCAAGGACAGAUAUGAGAUCGCCCUCCUGUUGCUGGAGAGUGGAGCGAACCCUAAUGUCACAGAUAAACUGGAGUCUACUCCCCUACACAGAGCUUCAACCAAGGGCAACUGCCGUCUGAUCCAGCUGCUGCUCAAACAGCGCGCUUCUACCAACAUACAGGACUCUGAGGGAAACACUGCACUCCACCUGGCGUGUGACGAGGAGCGUGUGGAGGCAGCUAAACUCCUGGUGGAGAACGGAGCCAGCAUCUACAUAGAGAACAAGGAGGAGAAGACGCCAUUACAGAUCUCUAAAGGUGGUCUGGCCACUCUGCUGCGGAGGAUCGUAGGAGGAACCGGCUGAUCCAUCUGACUACACACUGAAGCAGCGAGAAGAUCCAGUCUACGUGGUCUAAAUGGGCUUCCUCAUCUCACCUCUCCAUCCUUUCUCCUUAUCUCUCCUUUAUCUGUGCUGAUUUGAGGAAACAGGAUGAACUCUUCCAUAUUGCGUUGACCGAUCCUCUAUAUUCCAGUCCAGGGGGAGGGUACUUCCACCAGGCCAGUAACAGUUCACUGGAGGAGAGGAGAGGAGAGGAGAUGAGAUGAGAUGAGGGAGAGGAGAUGAGGGGGAGGAGAUGAGGGAGAGGAGAUGAGGGAGAGGAGAUGAGGGAGAGGAGAGGAGGAGA